AUGUGGCAAGUUCAGUUGAGGUUUGAUUGAUGGACUGUAGGCGGAAACUCUACGUUGUAAACUUUGUACGAUGGUCGUAAAGGGCUAGUUUUGGGAGUUUAUUUUUGUAUUUCACGAGCCGCUUAAAUCGUGACUUUCACACGGGAAUACAUCCGUCCUUAAACUCCAGAUCCCGCGUGUUUAGUCCGAGUUGUCUGUUGAGUUGAGCUAAUGUUUCUUAGCCUAGCAUAUGUGAGGUAACAUAAGUUCGGUAUCAAGUGAAGCGAUCUGCUGGAUUUGAUCUAAGAUCUGCUCGGAUCUCUACACCUACCGCAGGCUGCCGUAGUGCUUGGAGCAGGUCCGCGAUGUUAGGGGGAAACGGGAUGGCCAGAGGGGCUGGACGCUCCGGUAACGGCGCGGGGUUGACCCCUCUACAGGUGGGCAGCACAUCUGGGGCUUUGGGGGCAGUAACCUCUGCCAUAAACCUGCCCGAUGGGGGCAGAUACGACGACAGGCCGUCGGUGGAGGCUGUGUUGAGCGGCUCCGACGGAGACUCGGACUCCGGGGAUGAUGAAGAGAGUUCCGUGGUGGACAGGAGAGGGGUGAAGCGGGAGAGGAGUGAGAUGGAGGUCGGUGGAUCCUCCGGAACCAUCGCGGGACUGUCAGCUGGAUAUGGGGGAGUUUCCUCCGGGGUGACUGGGGCGAAACCUGGCAAGAAAACACGAGGACGGGUGAAAAUUAAGAUGGAGUUUAUUGACAACAAGCUGAGGAGAUACACGACCUUCAGCAAGAGAAAGACUGGCAUUAUGAAGAAGGCUUAUGAACUAUCCACCUUAACGGGGACGCAAGUUUUGCUCCUGGUUGCCAGCGAGACGGGCCACGUCUACACGUUCGCCACGCGGAAACUUCAGCCCAUGAUCACCAGUGAAACGGGUAAAGCCCUGAUCCAGACCUGCCUAAAUUCCCCUGAUUCUCCACCCCGUACGGACCCUUCAACGGACCAGCGGAUGAGUGCCACCGGAUUCGAGGAGACGGACCUCACCUACCAGGUCUCAGAGGCUGAUGGUCUCACAGAGCCAAAGGAAAUGAUCAAGCCGAUGUUCACUGCUGCCACUUUACCCGGAGGCACCAACAGCACCACCACACAGUCGUCUGCCUCUUCCUCUCCCUCCUCCUCCUCCGUCUCCAUGCACACUCAGAGCAGCGCCCUGUCGCUCUCCAGCACCACCUGUUGGCCGUUGGCUGCAGGGAUGAACGCUCAGAGCGUCUCUAGUGCGAACGGCACGGUGCUCAAAAGCUCUCCGGCGGGAGUCAUGCAGCUGCCCAGCGGAUUCACGCUCAUGCCAGGCACUACUCUUCCUCCUGGCACACACACUAUUCCUCUCAGUCAGCUGCAGACACACUCUCUGGCCAUACAGUGUCCACAGACGCAAAACAGCCACGCCGCCGCCGCUGUCCCCGCACACACACAAGCUGCCACACAGGCCACGCUCUUCCGCCUGCCGGCCACUGUCUCGCUCACAGGUGGUACGAUGCCUCAACAGUUACAGGCCAUCCAGGUUCACCCUCAAAGCAGUGACAGCAGUCCAGAGAUCAUCCGGACCUCCACCAGCUCCACUGCAAGCCACACCGCUACGAUAGUCACUUCCUCAGUGCCUUCUUCAAUGGCAGGUCACAUGAUGUACCCCGGAGCGCACGUCAUGUACGCUACAUCCACCCCUACCCUUGCCGACGGGGGUCUGACUGUGCUCAACACCUUCCCACAACCACCCACUGCAAUGCACGUGUCCCACACGCCAGCCCAAGACUCAGGUGCAGUUCCUCAGAUGUUUCUCACGGGACCUCCUGGAACUGUACAGAUCCCAGUUUCAGCCGUUCCACUACAUUCGAUGUUAAUAAACCAGCAGGCCACCGGUAGCAGCAGCAGCACCCUCACGGAGCUGCGGGUGGUCAAUCUGGACAAUCCCAAAGCAGACUGACUCAUGAAGCACGAGGCCGGUGUGAUUGCUCACUCACACUGAUUCUCCAGGGAUCACUCAUGCCAUGCAAUCAGACUGCCAUUAUAUUUAUUACUGCCUUCUCGCGGCGUGGGGUUCAGAAACCCGUAAUGGGUCGUUUGAAGGAUGAUGGCGUCUCCUCACGGACUCGUUUUGGUGGGUAGUGUGAUAAUAGAUGAUGUUUGUUCACACGCAUCUAUACUUCAGGAUUUCAUAGAGAUGUCUGCACUAUCACUGCUGGGUCUUCACCUGCUUUUGCAGAAAGAUGGACAAUUAUGUUCGCUUUCAGUAAAUUCAAAACCUCUUCGCUGUACAACAGUUGAAGUAUCUUCAGUUCAAUCUUUCUGUCUUUUGGGGAAUGCCUCUCCUGAUCUGAUUUGUAAUUCACCUCCAUACAUUUUAAGAUCUGUGAAUCUUUUGAGGUCAAAAAUCGAUUCUUUCAAGAAUUUAUGCUGUGAAAUUAGCAUAGUUUUGGUAUAGUUUUAAUGGCGGGUUGUGUGUUAUUUAUCAUUUUAAGGAAUGUUUAACCCAGAAAGGACAAUUCUGUCAUCUUUUUCCAUCUCUCAUGUCAUUUCAGACGCAAAAAAAAAAGAAAAGUUAUUUUGCAGAAUGUGCAAACUUUUCUCCAUUUAAAUAAAUGGUGACUGAUGCAGUCGAGCUCCAAGUCCAAUUUUUAUUGAUUUUUUGUCAUUUUUAGAGCUCAACAGCAUCCAUUCCUGUUUACAAGCAUUGUCAGAUUUGGAAAGACGUGAGAGUAUGAAAAUUAUGAGCGAACUUGCCCUUAAAGUAAUGCUAGAUACUCUUGCACUGCCAUCAGCACUCACUAGGGAAACUGAUCUAAAGUUUGAAUCCAUCAGUUCUUAAACAUCAUGUCUAAAAAUACAAUUUUUUCAUCCUCAUCACGUUCUCUAUGGCCUUUGUUACUCAAUUAGAAGUUAUAGGAUACUCUAAAAUGAUCCAGUUAUUUCAGUGUGCUGCUAUAAUUUGGAUUGAAACAUGAUCCGUACUACAAAAAUGUCAGAAAAAAGAUUGCAUGCCAUUCCAUGUUGUAAUGCUGUGCCAAACUAUACUGUACGUAUCGAUAGCUGGAGAGAAUCUAGUUGUCAGAAGUCGAAUUUUCUGCUUCACAUGCUUUCACUUUUUAUGAUGCUGUAAGAGGAAAACACUGACUUGCAUUUGCACUGCAUGACAACGUACCGAAAACAGCAGUGCUGCGCGAUCAUGUCAAGUGAAUAAAUGACGCGGAUUGUGCUCUCAUGGCUUUAGUUUACCGAAAUGAUAAAAUACGUGAUGGAUCUGCUACUAGGUACUAGAAUGGCAAGUUUUGUUCAAAACAACUGUUGAUUUCACUGAAAUCGCUUAAAUUAAAUCAAAUGUAGUGAAAGAGUUUAUAUGUGCACCCAUAUAUUAAUAUUGUAAAUGUUUUUUGUUCGUUUUUUUUCUUUAAUUUCUGUCACCUUAAUUAUGUGUUUAUUUUUCAAAUAUUUUUCAUUUGGACAUCCAAAGGGCUGUAAAUCUCGACUUGUGUAUGUAUAUAUACGAUUCAUUUGGUUUUCCUCCACAGAUUUCACUCUUUCAGACUGCAAGUUUGGACCAUAAAGCCUUUUUCUGGUACUGUUAAACGGAUUUAUAUGGACCAUGGCAAUACCGAGCGUUUCAGGAAUGUCGUCUUCUCUUUGUUUCGUGGCUUUUCAGUUUGUGGAACCGAGCACAACAUGUCGAUCUGUUUGACCAGCGCAAACCGGAUAACGAAUGAAAAAACAUUGUGGGAUUUAUGAAGCGGCCAGAACAAAAGUAUUUGACUGUUUUAUUCAGUAUUGAUGCGUUUUAAGUCCAGGGGAAGACUUUCUUUAGUUGUUUAUUAUGUUCUUGGGUGAAUUUCAUGAAUGCUUUCAAGAACUUGUCCAGGUCAAAUUUCACUCCCAACCAAAAGAAAAAAUAUAUUUUGCAUAAAAUAUUAAAGGAAUAGUUCACCAA